AUGUCUGUCAGUCAAGAAAAGACGCUGAGCCCCAAGAAGCUUGCGCAUGUGGUCCUCCGCACCAAGGACCUGAAGCGGAUGAACGACUUCUACCAAAAGUUCCUAGGCGCCGAAAUCGUCUAUGGGAACGAGUUCCUCUCGUUUCUGACGUAUGACGACGAGCACCACCGCAUCGCCAUAGCCGAGAUCCCUACAGACAGUCCCAAGGACGAAGCAUCGAGCGGCCUGGACCACAUUGCGUUUACGUUUGACACGCUGGAGGACCUCACGCGCGCCUACACACAGAGGAAGGAGCAUGGCAUCACGCCCUUCUGGUGCGUCAACCACGGCCCGACCACGAGCAUGUACUACAAGGACCCGGACGGGAACAAGCUCGAGACCCAGGUGGACAACUUUGACUCCAACGCCGAGGCAAACGCCUUCAUGAGGUCCAAGGAGUUCGCCGAGAACCCGAUCGGGACGGAUUUCGAUCCCGACGAACUCAUCCGUCGACUGCAGUCGGGUGAAGAUGUGAGAAAGAUUAAGAAAAGGGUCGAGAUCGGGCCCCGUGGACUUCCUCCUCAGAUGUGA